CCUCCUUUCUUGCUGGUUGGCCCGGGCGCCGCAGAGCGCGGCGGCGGCAGGAGGAGCCGGGCGCGCCCGCCACGCACAGCCAUCGAGCUAGCACGGGUGGCAAGCGCGGCACGCGAUCUCAGGUGGCGGCGGCGGUGACAGCGGCAGCGGUAGUGACAGUGGGUGCUGCCGCAGCAAGCGCACACCAUCUCCGUGGCGCGCCCGCAUCCCGCCUCCACCGUGCCGCGGAGCCUCCGGCUGUCUCCAGGUCUCCUGACCCCCGCGCGCACAGCCGAGCUCCGCGCACAAUAGCGGCCGCCGCAGCGGCAGCUCCAAACUCGGGCGCCCGCCAUGGGGAAGCCAGCGAGGAAGGGAUACGACUACAGGCGCUUCCUGAAGAAUAACUGGCUGCUGCUCUCCACGGUGGCCGCCGUGGUGCUAGGGAUUGCCAUGGGAGUCUUGAUUCGAGAAUACAGCAAACUCUCUAAUCUGGAGAAAUUCUACUUUGCUUUUCCUGGAGAAAUUCUAAUGAGGAUGCUGAAACUCAUCAUUUUGCCGUUAAUUAUAUCCAGCAUGAUUACAGGUGUUGCUGCACUGGAUUCCAAUUUAUCUGGAAAAAUUGGUCUGCGUGCCAUCGUCUAUUAUUUCUGUACCACUGUCCUUGCUGCAAUUCUAGGUCUUGUGCUGGCGGUGAGCAUCAAGCCUGGUGUCACCCAGAACAUGGAUGAAAUUGACAGGACAGGCAGCAGCUCUGAUGUCAGUACAGUAGAUACCAUGUUAGACCUGAUCAGGAAUAUGUUCCCUGAGAACCUUGUUCAAGCCUGUUUUCAGCAGUAUAAAACCACGCGUGAAGAAGUGAGUUCUUCCAGUGAACCAGGGAUGAACGUGACGGAAGCAUCUGUCACAGUCGUCAUGACAACUGCUAUUUCCAAGAACAAAACAAAGGAAUACGAAAUCGUAGGCUCAUAUUCAGACAGCACAAAUAUCCUGGGCCUGAUUGUCUUUUGCCUCGUCUUUGGACUUGUCAUUGGGAAAAUGGGAGAAAAGGGACAGAUUCUGGUGGAUUUCUUCAAUGCUCUGAAUGAUGCAACCAUGAAAAUCGUUCAUAUCAUUAUGUGUUACAUGCCGCUUGGUAUUUUGUUCCUGAUUGCUGGGAAAAUCAUAGAAGUUGAAGACUGGGAAGUAUUCCGCAAGCUGGGCCUUUACAUGGUCACCGUCCUGAGUGGGCUUGCAAUCCACUCCAUUGUAGUCCUCCCAUUGAUAUAUUUCAUAGUCGUACGAAAGAACCCUUUCCGAUUCAUCAUGGGAAUGGCUCAGGCUCUCCUGACAGCUCUCAUGAUCUCUUCCAGUUCAGCAACACUGCCUGUCACUAUCCAAUGUGCUGAAGAAAAUAACCAUAUAGACAAGAGGAUCACUAGAUUUGUGUUACCUGUUGGGGCUACAAUCAACAUGGAUGGGGGCGCACUCUACGAAGCAGUGGCAGCUGUGUUUAUUGCACAGUUGAAUGACUUGGACUUGAACAUGGGGAAGAUCAUCACUAUCAGUAUCAUGGCCACAGCUGCCAGCAUCGGAGCUGCUGGUGUGCCCCAGGCUGGCCUGGUGACCAUGGUGAUGGUGCUGAGUGCCGUGGGCCUGCCUGCUGAGGAUGUCACCCUGAUCGUCGCCGUCGACUGGCUCCUGGACAGGUUCAGGACCGUGGUGAAUGUCCUCGGUGAUGCAUUCGGGACAGGCGUCGUGGAGAAGCUCUCUAAGAAGGAGCUGGAGCAGAUGGAUGUUUCAUCUGAAGUCAAUAUCAUGAACCCCUUUGCCUUGGAAUCUACAAUACUCGAUAAUGAAGACUCAGACACCAAAAAGUCUUAUGUCAAUGGAGGCUUUGCCGUGGACAAGUCUGACACCAUCUCAUUCACCCAGACCUCACAGUUCUAGAGCCCCUGGCUUCAGAUGACUGGGAAUGAGGAAGGACAUCUCCAUGAGUCAUCUCUUAGCAACUUCAAACAUUAAAUAAGGAAAAGUAAAACAUUAAUGGCCACUGAUUUGCUAUACAGAUCUCCAGAUUAUUUCUAUAUUUGGAUUCACAGCUUUUGCUCUCCGGGUUCUGGGAUUUGGGGAUGGGAUAAGAUGAAAGAAAAUUGAUUAAAAGGAAAGCUGUAUUAUCUAGAAUUUUAAAUUUCUAUGAGAGACAAAGUUUGGAAGUAUAUAAAGUAGUAACUGUUGGAAUUAGGUAAUGGAUGUGGAAGAGAAAUAUUGCUUUCUCAUGCACAGACCAGUGUUUUGGGUUUUUUAAAAAAUAUUCUGUCAGUCAAUACAAAUUUUUACUCAGGCUUUCUAUUGGCAUGGAUUUCCUUUGACCUCUCACAUUUUUAUAGAUUAUAAUGCAUCUAAACAGCCCACCCCACCAGUUAAUGUGCCAAGUUGUCCAUUUUGAACUCAUCUCUAGCCAAUUUCAAAGAAACUGCGUUGAAAGAAAACAGACCAGCACGGUUCUGCAAUAACAGUUUUAAGAUGGGUGUGGGGUUUUGGGGGAAGGGAGGAGGGUUCGUUUUUCAAUGUACUGUAUAGGGACACUGUUAACUAUUAAUCUAGUGUUCAGUAUAGAGCUAGGUAUAUAUAUAUAUGUAUAUAUUUAUUAUUUUCAUAUAAUUUUCCAGACAGAGAUCAGAAUUGAACUGUCAAUGUGAGAUAAAGAACUCUCCUUCUACUUGAAUAAUAACUAUAAUUUUGAUCCAGAUCUGCUUUGGGGCUUGUCAGAACUCCUCUCUCAGGAGCACUAGAGUGAGAAAUCAUGUUGUUCAAUCUUUUCACAUCUGUAUAUCAACCCCAAAGCAGAGACAUACUAUGGUGAUACGCCAAGGUGGCACAGCCAUUCAUUUACAACUUCCAGAUUCUACUGCUGGAAGGGAAUACAUAUCAGCUCUAUAUAAGAUUUUAUGUACAAAGUGUCACUCACUCACAUAAGGCUGGAUGUGUUUUUAUCCAACUGGAAGGCUUCAUUCUUCCAAGGUUAUUUAUACGCACUUACAAAUGACAGUACUUUGGUCUUUUGCACCCAUCAGGGCCCAAACAACAGUGGCAAGCUACCAGCUAAGUUGUAUUUUAAUAUGGGUUUGAUGGGUUGAACAAGCCACUUUGGCCAGAAAGCACUAUCCCUACCCUGGACUCUUGCAGAGUAAAUCCCACGACAUGAGACAUUGGUAUCAGUGGUUCAGGGAAAUUCUUCCAUUGUAUGAAACUUGUUUCCUCCUCCAGGGAGGAUAGUUCUAACUAGUAGUCUAGUACUCUUGGCCCUGCUCAUUAAAAUCCAUUGCCUGUCAUUCUGCUUAUUUAUGAAGAUAGAUAGCUUAUUAAAGUCUAUGCUUUGGCUCUCAUCUUGUAAAUAAUCCUUAACAUAAACUUGUAUUUACACUGAGAUCCAAAAUAGUUGUGUUUCUGCAGUAUUGAGUAGCCAAUUUAAGCCUGUGCUUUUAUAUUUAAGAAACCAGAGAUUGUGCCAAAGAUCAUGGAAAGUAAAUAAAUGCCCAAUAUUGACCACCUGCACCUGAGAUCUACAAGAGAAUCAUACUGAAUUGUCAUGUAAACAUCAUAAAUAUGGACCAGUGAUUCAAUGUGAGGUUUAAAAUGCAAAUAUUGGUGUUGUUUAUGGGACGGAAAUAUAAAUAUAAAUUCAAGUGAAUCAGUAAUUUAUCUUGGGCUGAAUGGUUCUACCCCCUUAGCCAGUUGCUCUGAUAUGAGGCACGAGAGUUGGCAGAGCUGUUCAUGAACUGCAGGUCAUCCUUAUUUUGGCGUGAGUUUGUAACCACCUGUUAACACACUGUGCUAUUAACUCAUAAAAGAGAACAAUGUUCCUGCAUUGCAGUCUCAAUAAACAUUUCCGGCAUUCUUUC